AAACGAAGGCAGUCGUAUGAUGACCGGAACUGAGUAACGCAAGAUCCUGUUGCUAGCCUGCUACACGUUUUCCUUGUUUUAAAUCAUACUUAGCAUUGAACUACUGUAUCUGCCUCUAAAAAUUAUAACGUUCGGCAAUAAUUAUGCCCAGAGGCAAGAAGACGACCAGGCAGAAGAAGUUCGAUUACUCGAAAGACCGCAAGAAACUCAAGAAGAAGCUGCGAAAGAAAGCUAACCCAAGGAUAGAAAACAAACAGAUACGGGGUGCAUGGAAUCCAAGUAAGUCCACGGCCAGGAACCUGCUGGACAUGGGUCUGUCUUUUGACCCAAACCGCACUUUACCCAUCAAGAAAAAUAGUCUCCUUGGAUUGAAAGAAGAGACGAAAGUUAGUGCCCACAUUGUGACCAAGCCCUACGUCGUCAACCAGCUGGAGGAAGAAGCCAACCUACCAAGGAAGCCCACAAAGACGCUGUCCUCUGACUUGAUCGAGUACGUUCAACACAUGAUCCGAGAAUACAAAGACGACUAUAAGGCAAUGGCCCGCGACGAGAAGAACUACUACCAGGAUACGCCCAUGCAGAUUAAGAGGAAGAUCAACGAGUAUAAGCGCUGCCAUGCGCAGCAUUAUGAUGCAUUCAUGGCCUCGCUCACUGGCCCUAUGUCCCACUGAGAACUUGACGCCUGGGGUGCUUUCAAGUAAGAGUGUUCCUAGAGGAUAUUCCGAAUACACUCUGAAGUCUGUUCUCCACAAGAGGAUAAUGGUGUCCACAGACUUCCUUUUUUUCCACGGUUGACCCAGUUUAUGUUCAUUUAUAAAGGAAAAAUAAGACAUUAAGGUGUCUUUGGACUUAUGGAAUUAUUUCCUUUUUUAAUUAAAAAAACAGGAUGUUUUUAUUGGAGAUUUAAAAAGUGGUUUGAUGUUCAAGUUCCAA